CCUUGUAUUUCACCGAUUCCCGAUUGCGCGCUCUCCACGCGCAUAUGCUCCGGGAUUUGCCCUGGUUCACUUGGGCCUGGUGCAUCCAAUAAUUUCUCCUCGGGGACACCGGUCCGUCACUUGCCGGAGCUGGGACGCGGCCUUAUUUAGUACCACAUGCCUUCUGUCCUCCCACCGCUGCUCCUACCAACCAACCCGUGCAAUUUGUACGCCUGUUCCUCUCAACCGAGCCAUCUUCCACAUUUCCACCAGCCAUGGAAGGAAGCACCCUCGCCUCCUCCACCCUAUCCUUCUUGAUCUCCCUCGCUUUGGUCCUCCUCAUCAAAACCAUCUUCUUCAAGGCCAAGCAUCCCACGCCACACCUCCCGCCCGGCCCAACGCCCAUCCCCAUCAUCGGCCACCUCCACCUCCUCCGCCCUCCACUCCACCAGUCUUUCCACAAGCUGACGAGCCGCUACGGCCCUCUCAUCCACCUCCUCCUCGGCUCCACCCCCGCCAUCGUGGCCUCGUCGCCCGACACCGUGCGGGAGCUCCUCAAGACCCACGACCUCGCUUUCGCCAACCGCCCCCAGUACACGGCCGUCCGCCGCUUCGCCUACGACUCCGCUGGCUUCGCCUUCGCCCCCUACGGCCCCUACUGGAGGUUCAUGAAGAGGCUCUGCAUGUCGGAGCUCCUCGGCGGCCGGACCAUCGACCAACUCUCCCCGCUCCGGCGUACGGAGCUCCAUGCCCUCUUGCGGACCUUGUUGGACAAGUCUACAGCCGGCAACCCCGUAGACUUGAGCUGGGAGCUGAUCAAGUUGACCAACAACGUGAUCACUAGAAUGACGGCCAGCUCGACGACUUCCGUCACGGAGGAGGCGAGGAAGUUGGUGAAGCAAGUGGCCGAGCUCGUUGGAGUGUUCAACCUCAGUGACUACAUCGGGAUUUUCCGCAACUUGGACUUGCAAGGGCUGAACAAAAGGAUCAACACGGUCCAUGAAAGGUUUGAUGCGUUCAUGGAGAGGAUCAUCAAGGAGAAAGAAGAGAUUAGGAAGAGAAGAAAAGAGAGUGGCGAGGGAGAUGCUGGUGUCAGGGACUUGCUUGAUAUCAUGCUCGACGUGUCCGAGGACGAGAAUGCUGAAAUGAAGCUAACAAGAGAGAACAUCAAGGGCUUUGUUCUGG